ACGGGCUUAACAGUAUUCUUCAUUUUAUAACAAAUAGAUACGUGACUGUGUGAGGUAUAGCGUCUGCUAGCGCUGUGUCACUACGCAGACGUGAGAUGUGGUCUCUGCUCUUGUCUCACAACAUUACUCGAUCUGUCAUACACGUAUUUCGUUGUUAAUUUAAUUUAGCAACAACGAUAUUCCAAGUGCCGAGCAUUCGUUUUGUUUACACUUCGACGUUUCAAAAUGGGCUGUUGCGGAUCUUGCUUCAAAGAAUCGUCAUCGUAUGAGGAUCUCACUCCCGAUCGGGAGACUAUGCGUAGAAAACAGGCGGAAGCAGCUGAGAAAAGAAUAGCUGAGCAACAACAACACGGUAUAAAAAAUAUAGAGUCGGUUAAAAGACAGCAGCAGCGGGCAUUGGAACUUGAAAGACGAGAGCAAGAAGCUGCUACUAGCAAUAGAAAUCCUUCGUUAAGGUGGCAAGUAAGCUAAAUCAAGAACAGAUGCAUGUUACUAAUUGAGAAGAUUGAAUCGCACGUUCAUUUACAAGAUAUUGAAGGUUCUAUAAUAUCUGAUAGUUCCAACGACACUAAUAUGGCAAGUGCAAUCUUUGUACCAUUUAAACAGAAUUAAGUUAAGUUGUGAUUAAGCUUUGAGUAUUUUAAUUUAAUUAGAAUAUUUCAUCAGCUGAAUCCAAACCAUUAAUGUUAAAGUUUGCUCUUAGCUGAUGUAUGUUUCAUCGUAUUUUAUACAUCUACUUACACGAUAAUGUGCUCUAAAAUGCUGCUCUAAAAUAUUGAUACUGCUACAAACGUUACAAGUUUUAUGUCAACAUAUAAAGCUUGAUUGCUUUUUGCUUCAAUCUAUUAAAUAAAUCUCUAUUUUCUUA